AAGAGUCUCUCUACCACCACCAUAUCUCUUCUUUUUCUUCCCUUUUUCCACACAGUCUCUCUCUCUCUCCGUUGCCUUUUUUCAGAUUUUAUCAGCCGCCGCGUUUUGUGGGUUAAAUUGGUUGCUGAUCAAUUAGGAAAAUGGUCUCUCCGGAGAACACGAACUGGCUCAGUGAUUACCCUUUGAUUGAUGGUGCUUUCUCUGAUCAGAAUCCCACUUUCCCUUGGCCGAUUGACCAAAUCGAUGGCUCAGCUAGUGUCAGUGUUGAAGUUGAUGGCUUCCUUUGUGAUUCAGAUGUGAUCAAAGAACCAGGCUCAAGGAAGAGGAUCAAAUCUGAAACUUGUGGUGGCUCUAGCUCGAAAGCCUGCAGGGAGAAACAAAGACGUGAUAAGCUAAAUGAGAAGUUUACGGAAUUGAGUUCCAUAUUGGAACCUGGGAGACUUCCAAAAACAGACAAGGUUGCUAUAAUCAAUGAUGCAAUUCGCAUGGUGAAUCAAGUAAGAGACGAAGCACAGAAAUUGAAGGACCUGAAUUCAAGCCUGCAGGAGAAAAUUAAGGAGCUGAAGGAUGAGAAGAACGAGCUGCGUGAUGAGAAACAGAAGCUGAAGAUUGAGAAGGAGAGAAUCGAGCAGCAACUGAAAGCGAUUAAGACACAGCCUCAGCCUCAGCCACUUUUCUUACCGAAUCCGCCAACAAUGUCUCAAGGUCAAGCCCCUGGAAGCAAGCUUGUCCCUUUCACAACUUACCCUGGCUUUGCAAUGUGGCAAUUUAUGCCUCCUGCUGCAGUUGAUACCUCACAGGACCAUGUCCUUCGUCCUCCGGUGGCUUAAAGCUGCCUCUCUACUAUUUGACGGUUCACGUUUCUUCUUACUCUGCUUUUUCUGAUGUAGUGAUUCUCAAAAUUCUUGUGAUUGGAAACACAAAUCUUAUGCAACUUGAAACUAUGAUUAUCAUGCGGCUAUUUGUAUGUAAAUGGAAAUAAGCAUGCACUUAAAGUCUUGGUUUUUAUAAUCAAGUCUCAUUGUGCAAAAAGUUGGAAACUUUGGAAACCAUUGUUUUGGCAGAUUGUGGAUUCUGAUUCUUGAU